AUGAACCAUACCCUCGUUUGUUUGUACGCAAUACGAGUGAAGCCAGAAAGUUCGGGAGUUAAUAAUUAUGAUGUCUCAUCUCCUGUAUGGCCUUCGAAUGCCACAAAGUCUUCAACCAUGCAACCCCGAUCGGACUUCGCCAAUAGCCCUGAUUACUUACCAGUGAAUCAUAAAUGUCCGAACAUUCAUAUCGCCAAACCUCAGUAUGUAACUCCGAAAUCGUCAACACCACACCAAUCUUUGAUAUCUAGUGGACCAACCAUGUCUUCAGGAGGAAAGGUGAGGCCUCAGAAAUCAAAUAUUCCUGUUAAGCCACAAGAUAUACAACGUACCAAACGAUAUAUGAAGGAAGUAGUGAAAUCGUCAUCAUCAGGAAGUGUGUCCGCACUUCAGUCUAAACCACAGGUGUGAUAAUAGCCACUCCAUGUUCUCCACAGGUUAAUGAACAGGGUCUCAC